AUUGGACUCUUUGCCUAUACUUCUCAACAAACCAGACUCAAGCGACCCUGACAGAUUCACUGUAUCAAUAUAGUGUGUUUGUUCAUCCCAAUAAUUGUUCUUUUGUUAUGCUUUGCUAGAUGAGUCAACUGUGAAGAAAAUUUACUGCUUUUACAAUUAACUGAUUUUUUUUUCUUCAUUUCUAUCAUUCUUAAUUUAGUCAAUGCACGUUUGUAAUUUUCGUCCAUUGAGGAGUUAACUCGCGUAAUGGAGAUCAAAGUUGAAAUGAUCAUCGCCUGUUCGGUGAUAGUAAUAAUUUCAUCCGUUCUAUACGUUCUAGGAGGGAUCCUCGGACUUCGAGAAGUCACAAAAAAGACUCGCAAACAACAACGAAGAAUGAAAGUGAAUGGUAACAGCACCGAACCCGAGGUCAUUAUCGUUGGCUCGGGUGUUCUGGGAUCUACUAUGGCGACUGUUCUGGCACGAGAUGGUCGCAGAGUUACGGUCAUCGAGCGGGACAUGAAGGAGCCCGAUCGUAUCGUCGGCGAGCUUUUUCAGCCGGGAGGAAUUCGUACUCUGGAGGACCUAGGCUUGGGAGAUUGUGCAUCUGGUUUUGAAGAGGUCCGAUUGGACGGAUUUGUGAUUCACGAUCCGUUCAUCAACAAACCAAUUGACUUCCAAUAUCCAAAGGGGGAAGCUGAUAAGAUUCAAUCAGCUCGUUGCUUUCAUCAUGGUCGCUUCAUCAUGAGUCUGCGUAAGGCUGCCAUGGCUGAGAAAAACGUGACGUACAUUGAAGGAACUGUGACUACUAUCAUAGAAGAGAAAGGACGAGUAGUGGGUGUGGAAUAUAAGAAAAAAGGCGAACAGGAGAAGAAGACCUUACUGGCACCACUGACGGUGGUUGCUGAUGGCACGUUCUCGAAGUUCAGGAAGCAGUUUUCAAUGGCCAGUCAUGAGAAAAUGAAAACACCGACAUCCUACUUCAUUGGUUUCAAACUUAAGGAAACGUAUGACCUCAAAGCUAAUCAUGCUGAGGGCUUUUGGUGCCAAUCGACCCCGACAAUAAUGUACCGGAUCUGUCCCGACACUAUCCGUCUGAUGGCGGAUAUUGAGACAUCGGUGCAACCUAAGAACCCGAAGCAGUUCGUCAUGGAUACAUUAUAUCCGGAUCUACCAGACCAUCUUAAGAAAGUAGUAGGCCCGGCUAUGGAGGACGAUGGCGUGCGACUUCGUCUUGUUCCUACCUACUAUGUUCCCUCAGCACCUCUCCAGAAACCCGGUACCUUGCUGCUGGGUGAUGCACUCAACUGUCGUCACCCGUACACAGCUAGUGGAAUGACGGUAGCUCUGAUGGAUAUCAAGACCUGGGCUGAUAUCCUGCAAGGAAUUGAUUCCUUAGAUGACAAAGAGAUCAUGGCUGAGGCUAUUAAUGAGUUCCAGAAACGUCGCCGUGCUGGAUACGCCCUCGUUAUUAAUGUCUUCGCUCAGUGUGUGAAAACAGUGCUCUUCGCUACCGACAGAUAUCUAUCUAAGUUCCGGCUUGGAGCUUACAACUAUGUGUUACUAGGCGGAGAGUGCUUAAAUGGACCUUUACGUAUCUAUGGCUGUUUGGAACCUCGCCCGGCUCUAUUGCUAUAUCACUUCCUGGCUGUAAAUCUCUAUACUGCUUACUACCUCCUCAAAUCGGCACCGUGGUAUGCCAAGCCAAUAGCCCUUCUAGAUGGACCGCUAGUCUUCAUCCGGUCGUCUUAUAUGUUCUUCUCCCUCUGGCUCUCCGAAUGCAAAUCCGUUACUUACCAGUAGUAACAUCAUGGAUACAGUUUCUUUAAAAACUCAUUACUUAACCACUUUAAAGGCUACCGCACACCUUACGAUUGGUCUGCCACCCGAUUUCAGAAUAAAAUGUAGUAGAAUUUGAUGCUAACAUUGAGACUUGGAAUAUCUUACUGUGUAAUGUUCUGAAUCAUCGUACGAAUACCUUGUUCAAAUCUGUGACUAUGCUAUCAUCCUUCUUAGAAUAAAAGCGAAUUUUAUAUCUAGUCGUAAUGACGUCAUAGCAGUCAUAGUACGAUUGGCUACGAUUUGAAAUUAUUUUGGCCUUUACUCCGAAAUAAAGGCUUGCAAUCUUUCAAAAUGUUUAUAUUAGUAUUUUUUCAAUUAAUUUUAACCUCAAAUAAAAUGAUAUGUUCCAUUCACAUUUUCAGAAAAUGAGCAAAAUGCGAUUUGUUCCAAAAUCGGAUCGCGAACAGUCGUAAGGUGUGCGGUGGCCUUAAAGGCUUAAUGCCACCGCACAUCUUACGACUGGUCUACGAUCAUGACGAUCCGGAUUUUGGAACAAAUCGCAUUUUGCUCCUUUUUCUUGAAAAUGGGAAUUAAAGUAGACCCUAUCUAUUUAUUUCUCGUUAAAAUUAAUUGUAACAAUAUGCAUAUUAAUACAACAAAUUUGGAUGAUUGAAAGCCUUUAUUUUUUAGUAAAGGUCAAAUUAGUUUCAAAUCGUUGCCAAUCGUACGAUUGCUAUGGCAUCAUAACGAUUAGAUAUUAAAUUCACUUGUAUUCUAAUAAGGGUGGUAUCAUAGUAACAUAUUCGUACGAUGAUCAAGAACAUUACACAGUAGAUAUUCCAUGUCUCACUAUUAGCAUCAAAUUCUACUACGUUUAAUUCCAUAAUCUGGUCGCAGACCAAUCGUAAUGAGUGCGGUGACCUUUUAAUUUUAAUCCGUUUUGAAAUACAUCCACCAAUCAGAUCCAAUGAUUUAAAUGAGGCGUCUUGUCGCUUAUAACCUAUGAAAAUUUUGGCCCAAAUGGUGAUUUCACACAC